GAGUUUAAGAUUGGGUAAACGAACGCACUGAAUUUUUAAAAUAGUGUAAUAACAAAAACAAAAAACGGAAGCUUAUGAUUUACUGAAAAAAAAUCGUAUUAAUACGACUUUACAUUGAUAUCAAUUAUGGUCUUACUUCUACAGAGCCCUUAAAAUCAAUAAAUUUUUUUAAUUACUUAGAAAAUAACCGCUUCCAGCUAGGAGACAUAUUAAUUUGUAGGUUAUGUAGGCAAAUAUGUUGUUUUCAGAAUGUGUUUAAAAAUUAUAUAUAAUAUUUUACCUACCGUGUAUAUCAUCCAAUAAAAAUGAACCAAUACGAAGAGGAUUUUAAGAAAAUAUAUUUUUUCAAAAACCAAAACCAAUACUUUCUUCCAAAUCAAAUGUUUGAAUCUCCAAAAUGGUCUAUUCAAGAGUUACUAUCAAAAAAAGAUGAAUUGAAUCGCAUAAAAGGCCUUCUAAGUAAAUACAAAUUAAAAGUUUGGUCUAAACACACGGCAAAUAGAGAUCGAGCUGGUUUUGUUUUAAAAAAAUUAGCUGAAAACGUUAAACCAGAACUCCUGACCCAAGCUUGGUGUAAGUUUUAUGAAAUAUUAGCAAAUUUUCCAGUCGUUCCUUUAUGUGCAGUUGAUAAUAAAAAACUGGAAAGUCUUCAUUUAUGUGAAGCUCCUGGUGCCUUCAUAUGCUCAUUAAACCACUACCUCGUUUUAAAUUAUCCAGGUUUGAGUUGGUCUUGGUUAGCAAAUACUCUUAAUCCAAACUAUGAGGGAAAUGAAUUAUGCGAAAUGAUACCAGAUGAUAGAUUUAUAAGGCACACUCUAAAAAACUGGAUAUUUGGUGAGGAUUUUACUGGUGACUUGACUAAACCUUAUAAUCAUCAGUGUUUAGUGAAUCAUCUGAAGAAUGCAAAAAUAACUCUAGUAACAGCAGACGGAAGUGUGGAUUGUAUGAGUGACCCAGGAGAACAAGAAAAGCUUGUUGAGCGAUUACAUUUCUGUGAAACAUUUACUGCAUUGAGGAUAUUACAAACAGGUGGAACUUUUAUUUUGAAGAUAUUUACGAUGUUUGAAGAAAGUACAAUUAAUAUUCUCUACAUAUUAAAUUGUUUAUUUGAUAAAGUUGCUGUGUUUAAACCAUGUACAUCAAAGAGUGGAAAUUCAGAACUCUACGUAGUUAGCACAAAAUUCAAGGGUUUCAAUCUUAUAGCGCAAUUUUGGGAAAAAAUAUGGAAAGUGUACGAAGACAUCAACAUAUUUAAAUCAAAAACAAUGUUCCGCCUAGAUGAUUUACCCAAAAGUUUUUUAGAUGAAGUCCAGUAUUGCUCAGACUUUUUUAUGAAAAAACAGGCGGACACUAUCUUAAGCAACAUUUAUCAUUUUGAACAUAAAGUACAAGAUUCCAUAUAUGUAAUCAAGUCUUUCAUCGCUCAGAUUUAUUUAUCAAAAUAUGAGAUAAUCCCGAUUCCUAAGAGGCUUAGAAUCGUUCCAGAAGUGUGUGUCACUGAAAAUUGGCGAAUCCAUUCUAUGAAAAAUCACAAAGAUUUAUUUAACAUCAACAUAGAACGCAUUAAGCAACAUAGGAAACUAUCCGAUGUAUUAGAUGUUGUUAUAGGACAGGAAAUAACAACGGUACAUAAUUCAAAAUUUACACACAACGAUAAUCUCAAAAAAAUACAAAAAAUUCAUGUUAAUAAAAUUACAGAAAAUAGCUUGUAUCAAAAAAUAUUGAAUGUAUUAGAGGAGAAAAAUAAUGUUAUAAACAUUAAGGAUUUUAACUGUAUGCAGUUUUCGGAAUUUCAAAGGGAAUUUUUAAAAAAAAUAUCGUCUUUAGUCAAAGAUGAAAAAAAUUUAAUUUUGAUUAACAUACCGUUUGUUACUCAUUUUUUAGUAGGGUUACUUUAUGUACUAUUUUUUUUAUUCGAUUCCGUAUACAUGGGUAGUGGCAUAUUAGUAUUUUUGCACCCAAAUCUCCAAACUAACGACCAAGUACUAAGUAUUUUUAAUAGUAUUACAACAAAGUAUAUGUACGCAAUUCGGAAGCGCGAUGGAUUUAACAAAGAUAUCGUUCAAAUUGUAUCCCCAGAUGUAUUCGAAAAUGGUGGCCUUAUUGAAAAACUGUGGAAUUAUAACAAUAAUUUAUUUCGUCAGGAUAAAUGUUUUACGAGACCGUUUACAUAUCAUUUAUAAAUUUUAAUUACUAUACACCUACAGUAGAAACUGUGGAGGUCUUCCAUCACGUGACUAAGCAACAAUAUUCAUAUGAAGCAAAUCAAAAUUCCUGUCAACUCAAUGUCGGCCUUUUACGAAUUGGUAAUUCUUCUUCUUCUCAUUCUUUUAUUUCACCUGUAUUUAUUAUCUAUUUAUCCUUUAUGACUCUAGAUAUCAUAAAUGGAGUGUAUUUUGGAGACAAUACUGGACAAUAUUUUAAAUCGCGGUAAAAUUAAUUCUAAAAAGAACUUAUUUCAACAAUAAAUACACGUUCAACCAAAAAAUUCUUUAAAAAACAACAGAGCAAACAAAGCUUACGUCAAAUUCAACUUUUAUUACAGUCGGUUAUUCACGAUGAGUCAAUUAUUUCGUUGUCUGUUUUUACGAUUACUACAGUCAAUUUGCGUUUGUCUUGAGAAGAAGACAAUCUUAGGUUACCAUGUUUGAUUUCUAUUGAUAGAAGAUAGUAUGUAGAAAAUAUGUGUUCGAUAAAUUGUUGCUCGAGUCACAUCAUAGCAGACUUCCAUCGUUUUUACUAUAUGUAAUCUCAUCCCUUGAGAGCAGAACUAUGUCUCUUUUUUCGAAUUUUGCCUUUUUAACGCCAAAAUAUACACCUAAGAUCUCUGAAGUAUGGAAAUUGGCGUACCUGGGUGUCGUCAAAUAUAAAUAAAACUUGACAAUAACAA